CCACCUCUCCUUUAGCUGGUCCUUCGACACCUUCGACGCCGAGGCCUUUGAUGAGUGCCUCUCUUGGACGCCGCUCUGCGUCCAGGAAUACUCCAGUCCGUCCAAAGCUACCGACGAAGCACUUCUUGUCCACUUCCGAUUCCGACGCAUACUCACUUCCCAAUCGUACCAUGAACGGAGAAGAUACCACCAGGAACAUAACACUCAACAUUCCGACUCCGCGAGCGCUGCGAAUCAGCAAGUUGCUUGGCGCGGUUCUCAAUGGAGCAAAGUCUGACAACCGCAGCCCUAGUGGAAGCAACGAAGGCAACAUCGUUAUGGUCGAUGGCUCGUUCUCAGAGGUGCUCAAUGAAGAGACCGUAACACGCCCGCCAUCCCCCGCACCAACAGCAGACUUCUCGUUCAUUUCGCCGCCCUCACCCAUGUCCUUUGUACAUAUUCUACCGCAACACGUAUCAGGCGGCCUUUACGACGUUUUUUCUUCGCCUACAUCGGGCCCGGAAGGCACUCCAAACUGUACUUUGUUUAUCUCUCCUGCAAAGGCUAGCGGCUCAAUGCGUCGCUCUCCGAAGCUUCCCAAGGCUGCACUGGGACGUAUUUGGGACGCUCUCUCAUCUCCAGCCAGGCGGUCGCGGACUAAAUGCCAGGUCGUCUUUGAUGGUUUGCCCCUCGACGGUGAAGAGGGAGAACUCAUCGAUGAGGCGUGUUUUAUUGCUGCGAGGCCCACAAUCGGCAUGGACAUAAUCGGAUCCUUGCCUUAUGAGCUAUCGCUUAGUAUUCUUGCGGAACUGGAUCUUAGCUCGGUACUAGCGUGCCGACGUGUCUGUCGGCAGUGGAAGGACUUGGCUGAUGACCCCCUUGUGUGGCGCGCCCUGUUCUAUCGGGAAAUUGAAGAAAGGGGGUGGCGGAUACACGAGAAGAAAGCCCGACUUCUUAUCGCGGCUCAGCAAGAACAGGACAAUAAUGGGACACGCAAUCGAUUGCUGUCACUGUCCAGUGUUGCUACACGCAAUACGUCGGAGUCUCACGCACGACCGAGUCUCACGUCUCUUGCUCCCUUAGGAUUUGACUGGACACACCUUUACCGCACUCGUUUAGAGUUGGAUAAACGCUGGGCAUAUUCAGAGCCCCGCAUAACGAGAAUUGCGGGUCAUACAGACAGCGUGUAUUGCCUUGAGUUUGACGCGAGGUGGCUUGUUACUGGCUCGCGCGACCGCGCAAUCAAGGUGUGGGACUUGCGUACAGGUCGCUUGCGGGCAACAUUGCGUGGGCACGCAGGCAGUGUUCUUUGUCUCAAAUUUGAUAAGAUUGCGAUGGCUCGAGCGGAUUCGAGCGACGAAGAUGAUCAAGAGGACGAUGGCGAGGGGUUCAUGGUAUCCGGAAGCAGUGACUGCACUGUCCUUGUGUGGGACCUCCGUAGCCUAUGGCGGGCUAGUAUUGCUUCGAAGACAGGCGGGAACCCAGUCAAUGCCGGUCCGGAGCUCGUGAAGCGAGUUCUGCGCGGCCAUCUAGGAGGGGUUCUCGACUUGCGAAUUAACAAGCAGUGGAUCGUCAGCUGCUCUAAAGAUGGAUUGAUCCGCGUAUGGGACCGCAAGACAUUGGAGCUUGCACAAACCUUGCAAGGUCAUGAGGGACCUGUGAAUGCCAUUGGAUUGCAGGAUGGUAAAGUCGUUAGCGCUAGUGGAGAUGGCAAGAUGAUGCUAUGGGACAUUGCGACCGGCUCACGAAUCCGUACGUUUGAGGGCCACGACCGUGGACUUGCCUGCAUUGACUUCAAGGGAGAUGUGAUAGUUUCAGGUUCGAAUGACUGCAAGAUCAAGGUAUGGCGCGCAUCGACAGGUACUUGUCUGCAGACACUCCCUGGACAUUCGCUACUCGUACGUGCCUUGGCAUACGAUGCACGUACUGGGCGGCUGGUGAGUGCCAGCUAUGACAAGACGGUGAAGGUCUGGGAUUUACGCGACCCGACUACACAUCGGCUCAUGCGUGAGUUUCAAACGCAUGACAGCCAUAUUUUUGACGUGAAGUUUGACGUGCGACGAAUUGUGAGCACGUCGCACGACCAGAAAGUGGUCGUUCUAGACUUCGGACACGACCUUGACACGUCGCUUUUCCUCUGAAGAAUCGACGACAUCUCAUCCAACCUUCCUCACGCUCUUUUCGACAUUUACAUACCUCUCGACUGGACAGUUCUUAUAUAAUAUGCACCACUUUUGAUUCACUACGCACGCCCUUGCCUUUCCCCUAUUUCCCUCACCAUCAGACCAAAUACUACUUUAUUUUCUUAUCUUUCUUUGUAUAUAUCAUUCAGCCGUCUUCGGGCGUUCGGACUGCAUUGUACUGCCUUAUACCACACGAUUACCUUUGAUACCUUUUUUUCGACCACUUCUUGACUAUAUGUAUGUAUGUACAUGACCCCUAUUUCGACUCGUUUUGCUUAUUGCUACCCUAUCUUUGUGGGGGCUUUACCUUGAACCUCACAUCACUGCCCUCUCGAAUUUGAGGCCGUUGUGUUUGUUUAUUCUUUCAUUUAUUCCUUUGGUGUUUGUUGUGUCGGUCUUGCUUCAUGGGUUACUUAUAUGUACUCGCUUCAG